CCAUAAAGCAGACUCGGCCCGUCCUCCGCCGCUCUUCACCCCGUCGGUCUGCCUCCACACCGGGACCCUCCGAGCGACGACAAUGCGGGCAGCGGGGCUCCGGCUGGCGGUGGCGGCUCUGGCUCUGCUCGCCGCGGCGCUGAGCGGCUCGCAGGCGGAGGUGAUCGAUGACAUCCUGGGCAGCCUCUCCCGGGGAGCGUCCUUCCUGGAGCGGCAGCAUGAGCACAUCAACCUGGACGGGGUGGUGGGCUUCGUCAUGCUGCAGGCUGAGUUGAAGGAAGCGGUCCGGACGUGGCCUCACACCGACCCGGUGAGCUGGGCUCAGAGGACCACCGCCGUCACUCUGGUCAGACGUCUGGACCAAAACCUGGAAAAGGCUGUCGCUGCUAUAAAACAGAAUGACCCCAAAUACUACAGAGAGUUUGAGCCUCUGCUGUCGUGGAGCUUCUGGCUGAUUCCUCCUGAGUGGAGCUCCACUGACCCCAGCCUGGUUUAUCCGUCCACCAUGACCACCGAGUGCUACGACGAGCAGCUCAGCGACAAAUGUCUGACUCUGCUGCUGGGAACCUGGAAAAUGAACGGGACGCCCUGCAUCGUCACCAAACCUUGCCGGGACACCAUGACUCGCUUCGGCUGCCCACACUACUCCUUGUCCCACCAGCUGCUCUACUUCAUGAUCGGAAGAAUGCGCGGCUGCACCAACCUGCUGAAAGGCGACACAAGAGCAUCCAGAGCCAACAUGACCGAACUGAACUACCAGAAGAUCUUCUGCUCCAACAUGAUGAAGACCAACCAGGACAUCAUCAAAGACGGCUUGACCGAACAGACCGUCGACAUCUUCAUCGAGAACAUCCUGAUUUGCGGAUUGGCUGGUUUCUCCGACUUCCACAAAGCUGAUUGGCUGCAGCACAUCCUCAGGCUGCAGGAUGAGGAAGUGGGCUGCUUUGGGAGAGACAAGAGCAUCAUCUCUCAGAUUAUUGGAGAUGAGCUGCUGGAACAGCUGCAGCCUCACAGGAGAGUGAAGAGGAGGGAGAAGAUACUGCCAGACGGCUGUUCCAGUCACAUGACGGCGGUGGCUGUGGGCGCUCUGGGAGGAUACCUGAACUAUUACCUGACGGAGCAGGACAUAACGAAGAGGCCGCUGUCCUGAACCUCCCACAUUCCUCACCCUGCAGGGAGGAGUGAACUCGAGACAUAGAUCAUCAGGUAGAGAUGUUCCUCAGUGACAGAGACUCACUCCGACUCAACACGUUACUUCAUGAACAUAGAUGAUGAAUUUUGUAAUAAGACGCUGGGAUGUUUGUGGCUGUUUGGCACAAAAUGGAUACUAAGGAGUUUUUUUUUACUAUACUAUACUUGCAUAUAUAUUAUAUUGGAUCAUGUGAGUUUUACCUGAUCUCCUACAAUCAUGUAUAAAUACUAAAUCCCAAUAUAAAAGUAGUGAUGCUCCAAUCCUAACAGAAAUGAUCAGAUACUUGUUACAAUUCAUUUAUAAUUGAAAAAAAGUAAAUCUGAUCUUUGUGUUCAGCUUCUGUGCAAAUUUACUACAUUUCUUUCUGCACUAAUUUGUAGAAAAUCGCUUUGUACCUCAAAAGCCAACAAACUUUUAUGGUCAGAGACAAAAACUCCAGACAGAGAACAAAUGUUUGCUUGUAGGUUUGUGCAGCCACACCCUGCAGUCACUGAUAUUUUAUGACAAGCUUGAUAUAACUGUCAGAGAAUCAGAGGUUCUCUUUUCGUUUUAGCAGCUCCAGGACAAACCUUGGGAGUGAGAAGUGAGCUGAACAUAGAUUUCCUGUGUGACAUGCAUGUUUUUUGGAAAAAUUUUACUUCUCUCGGCAGGUCCUGUGUUGAUUUCAGACAUCUGGGAGGAGAAAAUACUUGUAAUUAGUAUGUCAUCAAUACCGAAGAUACAUAAGUUUGUUGUGUAUUUAGAGGGAUUAGAGACUUUAUGACUUGUUGAAGUGUGAGUUAGGAUUUUUCUGUUACUUGAUGCUGAUAUUAAAUGAUAAUAUCAAAACUAAAAACCCUAAAUGGAGCAUCUCUAUUUGAAACGCGUUUACUUAAUGCUACAAAAGCAACAUCAAAAUCAGCUAACGUUAUUUUACAGAUGCAGACGCUUCAGAUUUGUUUCCAAAAAUAACAAGAACGUCUUUAUUUUCUUUAAAAUAUGUUUUUGCUUUUCACAAACAUGUAACCAGCUGAACAUAAAGCCACUGGAGUAUUAAGGCGGCAGUCCAGCACUGACCAAAGAGGGUCUGCAUGAACUAUGAAUGUAUGUAGAUGAACUUACAUAACACUAUUGUUGUCGUGUAAAGUUAUGUGACGAGAAUAAAGACUAACUAAUAAAA